UUGUGCUCGCUACGACGUCCUACUACACUAGCGUUUGGAGAAAUACAAGUCUAUUCUUUGCCGUCACUUGCUACUUCUAACAUACCGUCUUCUGGUACUGAAGAUGUCCUAGCUGAGCCUCCACCGCGUGCUGUACGCCCACCGCUAAUGGAUCUACCAGAUACCCCGCGUCCUCUGCGCGAAUUUACAAUAAUAUUGUUAUUUGUAGCAGAUGAAUCUACUGCGGAGUCUUCUGAUGAAGAAGUGACCUGUUCCGGCUGA